GUGCCAAAAAAUCGUAUUUUGAACGUUUUCCAUGUGUAUUUUUACAACUAGUACAUUGCGCCAGCCUCAGUGCAGUUUUCGAGUUUGUUUAGUGAACAAGAUUUAAAGAAAAAAAUAAAUAAUGAGUUCUCGCGGCGUCAAUUUGUCUCCGGAAUGCGAGGAAACCGAGUUGGUGCUCGUCAACUCGCCGGUUUUCAUCAAGGUUAGCUCGUUUGUAGAUGAGGAUAAUCCAGGUAGCGACAGCCCUUCAUCCUUUAUUAACCCCGCCCAGUUUUCCGAGACGGAACCGGAGCUGCCCAACGAAAUUUCCGCACCCUAUGAAGUACCCCAGUUCCCCAUCGAACAAAUCGAGAAAAAACUACAGAUCCAGCGACAACUGACUAAUAAAGCCUUAGAAGACAGACGUAGCCACUAUGAACCGUCGGUGGCAGGCGCUCCAGAGGUGGACGAGCUGGACGACCACGAACUCUACGUGCCCCACUUCCAAAGAGUUUCCAUAUCUGGAGAGGACACCAGCGGCGUGCCUUUGGAGGAUCUGGAACGUGCCUCCAAGUUACUCAUCCAGGCCCUGGACAUCAGGAAGCGGUACAUGAGCAUGUCGCAUCAGAGUUUCUCGUCGACGGUGUCCAGGUUCCUGGAUCCGGAUAAGGAGCAGCAGCAGCACGACGAGAAACAAACGAUCGAAGAUGAGGGAUACGUUCAGCUGUUGACCAGAACGGCGAGAACAUCGUUCGACGACGUUCUCAUUCAGUCCCUGACCAAAGAAGAGAUCGAGUUACUUUUAAACUCUGAUCAAGCUUUCCCAGAACACGGCAUUCAUCAUCCGCCCACUACUAAGCCCUGGGAGGCCCCCGAAACGCCGGAGACCCACGAGGUUUUCGUAAACAAAGAUGGCGUCUAUAACGUGUAUGAAAACGAGGGGGCCGUCAAGGACGGGAAGCCCUACGAGUACGUUUACCCGGACGUCAUCCAGUUUACCACCGAUUUUUAUAAUAUGUGUAAUAUGAUUGCCGACGGACCUCUCAAAUCGUUCUGCUACCGACGUCUCAGCUACCUCUCGUCCAAGUUCCAGCUGCACGUGCUCCUCAACGAGCUCCGCGAGUUGGCCUCCCAAAAGGCGGUGCCCCACCGCGACUUCUACAACAUCCGCAAGGUGGACACGCACAUCCACGCCGCCUCCUGCAUGAACCAGAAGCACCUGCUGCGGUUCAUCAAGAAAACCCUGAAGAACAACGCGGACGAGGUGGUGACGGUGAGCAACGGGAAACAGAUGACUUUGAAGGAGGUCUUCCAGUCAAUGAACUUGACCCCGUUCGAUCUCACCGUUGAUAUGCUCGACGUGCAUGCCGAUCGAAACACUUUUCAUCGUUUCGAUAAGUUUAAUGCCAAAUAUAACCCGAUCGGGGAGAGCAGACUGAGGGAGGUCUUCCUUAAGACGGACAAUUUUAUUAAGGGCAAAUACUUUGCGAGCAUCAUCAAAGAGGUAGCGAGCGACUUGGAAGAAUCCAAGUAUCAGAACGUCGAGCUCAGGCUGAGCAUUUACGGGAAGAGCAAGGACGAGUGGGAUAAACUCGCUGCCUGGGCCAUCGAUUCUAACGUUUAUUCUGAUAAUGUGCGUUGGCUCAUUCAGACACCGAGACUUUUUGACAUAUUUAAACUGAACAAAGUCCUGAACAACUUCCAACAAGUGAUCGACAACAUAUUCCUGCCACUGUUCGAGGUGACCGCCAGACCCAGUUCCCAUCCGGAACUGCACAAAUUCCUGCAGUACGUCAUCGGGUUCGAUUCCGUGGACGACGAAAGUAAACCGGAAAAGAACCCGCUGUUCGACAAAGACACCCCGAAGCCCGAAGAGUGGUCCGACAAAGAGAACCCCAAUUACGCCUACUACAUGUACUACAUGUACGCGAACCUAUCGGUCCUGAACCACUUUAGAGCGGAAAAGGGCUUGGCCCCGUUCGUUUUGAGACCCCAUUGUGGGGAGGCGGGACCCGUGCAACACUUGGUUUGCGGUUAUAUGCUCUCGGAGAAUAUCUCCCACGGACUGUUGCUCAGAAAAGUGCCGGUGUUACAAUAUUUAUACUAUUUGGCUCAAAUCGGUAUAGCGAUGUCGCCCCUGUCCAAUAACAGUUUGUUUUUGAACUACCAUAGGAACCCUUUGCCUGAAUAUCUGGCCAGGGGAUUGGUGGUCUCGCUAUCCACCGACGAUCCCUUGCAAUUCCACUUCACCAAAGAACCGUUGAUGGAGGAGUAUUCGAUCGCGGCCCAGGUGUGGAAACUGUCCAGUUGCGACAUGUGCGAACUGGCGAGGAACAGCGUCCUAAUGUCCGGUUUUCAACAUAAAACCAAACAGUAUUGGUUGGGGCCGAAUUACACCAAAGAGGGAGUGGCAGGGAACGAUAUCGCUAGGACCAAUGUGCCGGAUAUCCGGGUGGCUUUUCGAUACGAGACCCUUAUCGAUGAGUUGUCGAAUAUUUUCAAAAAUCACAAGUUGGAAAUGGAGGCGAGGGAAUUGAAUAAAAAAUGUUGUGAUGUUCUGAAGCCUUAAACGUUCGAAAAGAAAAUUAUUAUCGGGCGAGGAACGUCCUAGACUAGACUAGACCAUAUUUUUAUAUUCCUUUUUAAUUAUCGAUGAUUUCACAAUUUAAAUAUUAUUAUAGUGUAGCUUGAAAUAUUAUUUUUUUAGAUGGUUAUUCCUCGUAUAUAUAAUGUAUUUACUUUUUUUUGUAAUUUAUACAGCGAUGACUGAUAAAUAGAAGCUAAUAUAUUGUUAUAGACACCUUUAAAUAUGUAUUUCUGUAUUAUUUUGUAAUUGUAAUAAAAUAAAAGCUUAUUAUAGCCAUU